AUGACAACGUUCUCUGAAGCAGAACCAUCUGGAAAUGUGGGUGGUCGUCUUAGAGAGGCCCCCUUGUUUGGUUUUUUGCAGCUCAUUAAAGGAAACAUCAAUACGUACUCUGUCGUUAACAGGAAGCUUAAGCCGGUUAUUAUUGCCUCUAAGAUUCGAUUCAUUCCCUUCAGUGUUCACUUGCGAACUGUCUGCAUGAGAGUGGAAGUCUAUGGCUGUCUUUGGAAAGAUGGAUUCCUGUCAUAUUCGAUGCCGCAGGGGGAAAGGAGAGGAGCAGAAGUGAACCUUUCCGAUAUGACGUACGAUGGUGUUAAAGAUGACAGUUAUUUACACGGAGGCCUAGGUCAACUUACGGACGGUAUUGUCGGGGAGGAUAACUUCAAAAUCGAUGCUUUCGGCAUGGGCAAAGGUUAUGAAUGGGUUGGUUGGAAGAAUGAUUCUUCAUACUCCAGACCUGUAGAAAUAAUCUUCGCUUUCGACCAAGUAAGGAAUUUCUCCGCCGCUUAUUUCUAUUGCAACAAUAUGCACUCCAGGGAGGUGCAGGUGUUCGCCUCGGCCAAGAUCUGGUUCAGUAUUGGAGGUAAAUACUUCAACGGUCCGCCCGUCAACUUCUCUUACAUGCCGGACAUCUUCUUAGAAAAAGCUCGAAACGUCACCAUCUCACUUUACAACAGAGUUGGAAAAUUCAUCAAAGUGGAACUCACUUUUGCAUCCAAGUGGAUACUCAUUAGCGAAGUGGCGUUUAAUUCAGUUCCUGCCGUGGGCAACUUUACUGAAGAAGAUCCUCCAGCAGCACCUCCGAUUGUGAGUACAGCCAUGAGCGAAGAUACACUGACUAAUCAGUAUGUGGGUCUCGUCAUUGGAGUUCUGGCAGCUGUUAUUCUACUACUUAUCAUCGUAAUUUUCAUCAUCAUUGCAAGAAAUAAAAGAAGGAAGCACACAACGCCUCAUACUAUACUUAAACCUGUAGAUAAUAGAGUUACAAUCAACAUGAAGGAUUUAGGUUUGAGUUACUCACCUUGUUCUCCUUUGGCUUGUCAGUCUAAUGGAAGUAUCUACGGCCAUCAAGUCGUCUUAGAUGAUGCAGAUCCCGAUAAACUGCUCUAUCAAGAACCUCAGGACUUCAAGAUACCAUAUCCAGGAACAUACAGUAAUGAAUCGACAACCUCGAGAGAAUAUGCAGUCCCAGAUGUCACAAAGAGCAACACUCCCACACCAGUGAUACCAGUGCAUCCUCCACCAACCCCUUCGACAAAGCCUGCUUUUCCUCAGACCUUGCCAAAACCCCUCCAGAAGCCGCCCUCGGAAAGAUACUAUGCUGCCACAGACGUUGUCAAGAUGCCUAACAUCCAGGGUGUCAGCGGAAACACGGUUUAUGCAGUGCCUAACGUCGAUCUGCUCAGCCGAGAUGACAGCCCUGUGAGGGAGAUACCACGGCAUCGUCUGCACUACAUGGAAAAGCUGGGAGAAGGACAGUUUGGGGAGGUCCAUCUGUGUGAAGCUGAAGGAAUACCAGAACUGGUGGACGUCCCUUGCUAUGGAAACAAGACACUGGUCGCUGUGAAAACGCUAAGAAAAAGUGCAUCUGAACACGCAAGGGCCGAUUUUUACAAAGAAGUGAAGAUAUUAUCCAGGCUGCGGGAUCCAAACAUAGUGCACGUACUUGGUGUUUGCACAAGAGACGAGCCUUUUUGCAUGAUCGUCGAGUAUAUGGAAAAUGGAGAUCUAAACCAGUUCUUGCAACAACACGUGCCUGAAAACACUUUGACCUCACCGUUCAAGCCCAGUUCUAGCAAAGUGCUCAGCUAUGGCAGCCUGAUUUUUAUGGCAACUCAGAUAGCUUCCGGCAUGAAAUAUCUGGAGUCCCUGAACUUUGUACAUCGGGACUUAGCGACACGAAACUGUCUGGUGGGCAGGGGACUUACCAUCAAAAUAGCCGACUUCGGUAUGAGCCGAGACCUGUACUCGGGCGACUAUUACAGGAUAGAAGGGCGGGCCAUGUUACCAAUUAGGUGGAUGGCCUGGGAGAGCAUUCUUUUGGGGAAAUUUACAACCAAAAGUGAUGUCUGGGCGUUUGCUGUCACCAUGUGGGAGAUCCUUACGUUUGCUAGACAACAACCCUACGCAGAUCAAGUUGAUGACAAGGUUAUCGAAAACGUGAGCCACUUUUACCACAACGAUGGACUUCAAGUGUAUCUCCCUCAACCGCCCGGUUGUCCUAAGGAAAUAUACGAUCUCAUGAAAGAAUGCUGGCAGAGAAACGAACACGACAGGCCAAACUUUAGAGAGAUCCACCUGUUUUUGCAGAGAAAAAACCUUGGUUAUGCUCCACAUGUGUGAGAAUCCCUCUUAUUCUGGAAUCUGUGGUUUGAUGUCAUCCGUCUUUUCUUCUUCAAAAACGAAAACGCAUGGUUGCAGUGCAUAACUAUUUAUUUGAUAGUCAUUAAAGACUAUGCGAUUAGACUGCGAAGAUUUCAUAUAACAAUUAGGUAUAGUUUGCGAAAAUGCCACGAAAAAUCGCAGCUGUGUUCAUUUCUACUUAUAGAAAGGUGGACAUACACGAGUCAUUUAGCUGCAUCGUGUCCGUGGUUCUUCAAGACUCUUUCCAGCAGUUAUCUGAAAAUAUCUGUCAAAUAAAUUUCUUCACCUUUUUUAGAAUGCGUGAUAUUUUUGCAAAACCAUGUAAAUUUAUAUUCCUUGAAAUAUUUUGCUGAAUAUAUUUAUUAACCAUUUCAAAGCCGAAAAUCACAGUUCAAAGACAAAUUACGCAGCAAGAAUCAUAAGAAUAAUGUUGAGUAAUAGUUUGUAAUCAAUGGUUAUAUGUUUGUUACUAUGUAUUUUGCAACUUUACCCAGUUUUGAAUAACUGCUGUGAGUCUUCGAUUUUUAAUUGCUCUUAAGUUAAGGCCUAUGUACGAAUGUAUAUAUUUGUGGGCCGCAUGAACUUUUUUCCAUCUCCUAAAUGUGCCCGAAAGUCAGAAGAAUAGAUUUUGUGUUUAGUUUUAAAAUGAUUGUGCAGCUAAAUAUCUGUUGAAUAACAAGUUGUUGCCAUUUUGUUCCGAUUUAAGAAAUGAAUCAAGUAAGUUAGGCUCUCAGACUUCAGAAAUAUUAAUAUCGUAAUCUUUAAAUACCUUGACUUACAAGUUGUAACCCUAGAUUGAUACGUUCUAAUAUAACUCUCUAGAAAGCUUUAAGGACUGAUCAGUUGAGAAUUCCAUAUAAAAAAUAACAGUAGAGCUGGGUUAGGUUAGGUUAGGUUAUUUAAUUACGGCAAAGCCUCGAGGGCUAUCUGCCUAAGGGGAGGGAUGCCUUCGUGGAGGACUUUCUAAGGGAAACUGGUUCUUAUACACGUUACACAUGGGGAAAACCACGGAAACCCCAUGAAGCCAGCCCGUUCUCCCGUUUUUCAAGCAAAAAAUCCCAGCUUUGUCAUCUGCGAAACUAAAAAAAAGUUGCCAAAUUUUUAUACUUAAAAUAGUUUUACAUAUUAAAAAAGUACAACACUUGUUUUAGGAGGCGCAGUGAAAUUCAAUUUGUUUAUACUAUCUCAAAUUCUAGCAUGUUUGCAGAUGGAAUUUAAAAUAAUUCAUUUCUUUCUGAUGCAAAACAUUACCUUGUUUGUUUACGAAAAGCUUGCAUACGAAAACAAAGUUCGUAAUACCCAGUAAUUAAUAUUUGCAAGGAUAAACAUAUGUAGCCAUUUAACUAAAUUUCUUUAAGCUUCCUUUGCUUGCACAAAUUUUCGUCUUUGUACUUACGUUAAAACUCAAGAAACAAAAAGUAAAAUUUAUCUAAAAGUAUCUAUCGUUAUUCAGUUUUAAUAAAAUAAAGAUAGAUAAGUAAAAUUUAUCUAUCCUUAUCUUAUUAAAACUGAAUCUUCAAGUGCAACUACUAAUAAAUACUAGCCACCACAAAUACAAAGUCUUGCGCUCUGACUGCAUGUGGGCACCUCAGAGUAAACAGCUCUACUGGCGAAAUGCCACAGCUUUCUCUCUAAACUACAAAAACCUUCGCUGUUUAAAUUCAGCUUAAUUUACGUAUAGUUCUGACUGAUAGAAGGUACAGGAAAGAAUCAAUAUAAAAACAAUGUGUUAUCUAAAAUAAACCUUAUAUAUUUUCUCGGAUGAUUUUGAUAGUAUUUGAAUGGAAUUCUUAUACAACUGUGGUUCUGGAAGUGUGGUUUCCAUUUGAACGUUUUAACCUAUUAAAUUUUAAAUUAGAAAAAUUCCUUAUUUGUAUAAAUUAAUUGAAAAUUCCCCAUGAAAAUGUGUAUAUUUCGUAAAAUUUUACUCAAAUUAUUGCGUGAUUAAAACUGCCAUUAUGUCACGAAGCCUUCUUUACUGAUUCAUUUUUGAAACGAAAACUUCUGGAAAUUUUCACUUGCUUUUCAAGAGAUAACUAGUCUAGGAAUCUUUCUGAAAUGCUUUGCAUUGGUGUUCAGAAGAUUGGAAUGGUUAAUUAGUGUUUCUGUUGAAAUGGUUAAUAAGCAUUUGCCAAAAAUGAAUGUCAUGUGAGCUGAAAUAUUUCGUAACAGUUGUGAUAAAUUGACUACUAAUUCAGUGGAAUUUUCAUUAUUUUUAAGUUUACAGUACUUGAAAUCGACGAUGGAUAUUUUCGAGAUAAUUGCAUUGGAUAAUUAGUUAAAUCACGACUAAAAUUGUCUUGGAAAAUUGAUUUCCAACGAUAACAUACAGAGGCCAAAUAGCUUGGAAGGGAAAUUAAAAAAUGGGUGCUAAAGCCUUAUUCUCAGAUACUUUUUCUGGUUCGCCUCAAGAAGAAACCAGUAGACAUAAAACUUCAUGCUUAUGAGCUUCUACAUUUUACGGAUAAAUGUUUCAUUUAUACGGACUUUAGGUAGAACACAUUGUUACACAAUCUGUCUGUUGCACUUAACAUACUUCAGGAAUUAUCUCCGGGUAUAAGCUUGAAAUAUUUGGUAAUUUAUCAAUAGAUGUUGCUCCCCAAACUGAUGCUGGAUUUUAUUUGACACUAUCGAAGUCCAACGCAGUUUAAUAUAAAUGAGUAACUGUGCUAACGACUUGUAUGUUUCAUUAUUUUUAAAUCUAAAUACAGUAGAACUCCAAAUAUCUGCUUUAAAAGGAACCACAGCUUAUCCGGAUAUUAAAAAAUAUCCGUAAAACUAAAGCGUUGGCUCCUCUGUAGACCAAACACAAAUAUAUAUCUAUAUAUAUUUCAUAUAUAUAGAUAUAUAUAUUUGCUGCUUAUAGUGCAUGCUUUACACAAUUUUAUUUCUUAAUUUAUUUCAAGAAAGAAUUAAUAAUUUUGUAAAUAAAUAUCUGUCUUCUGAGCUCCAACAGUGGAAGAUGUAGAUCGGUACAUGCCUUUUGAAAACAUCUAUACAUGCAUUUUUAAAAUAAAUACAAAGCAAAUAAAUUAUAUUUUAAUUGGUGCGGAAACAAAACGAAGAACAAUGAAGCUGUAAACAGUACGUAAUUGCUUUUGUAGUCAUAUUUAUAGAAAUAGUGUCCUGUAACAGUUAUUUACUAAUGUUCGGUAAGUAACUCUUAUAGUACCGAGCGCUUUCGUUUAGCCAUCAUGUCAUUCAUUUUCGUCUAUAUUAAAUUAAUAGCUUCUUAAAAGUAUCCACUAGGGUAAUAUUAUUUUUUAUAUUAUUUAAAUAAAAAAAGAAUGAAAAAUAAUUUAAAAAUUAAAAAUAAGAUGAAUAAUAACAAAAUAUUCUUUAUUAGCUGGACAUUAAUAAUUCAUACUUUGGAGUUCUACUGUACGAAAAAUGUAGAUAAUGUUACAAGAUUGAUAAUUAUGCGUAAUUAAGCGUAAAAGCUAAUAAUUUAAGAUGAUUUAAUCCUUAAAAAUAAAUAAAAAUAACUUAUAUUAUUAUUUUCUGUGGUAAUUUUUUAUGAUUUUCUGGACAUUUAUACCGAGGUAAUGCAAUUAAUAUUAGAACUACAAAGUUUUAAACUAUCGAUGUCAUUUAAGUUGUGUAACUAAACAAAAUUACUUUAAAUUACUUUCAUCGUAAUUUCACGGGCAACGAGGAUUAAAAUCUUAGUGUCACCUUUAUAUGACGUAGUUUUUUUUUUAUUAGAAAUUGAUUUAAAAACUGUUCGCAGACUUGUGAAAAGCCAGUUUCAAAUAACUAUCAUUAUGAAAUAUUCUAUUGUAAUCUACCAUAUGAUAUGAAAUGUAAUUCAACAUUGCAUGUACUGUAAUUAAAAGUUGUGAACCUAUACCUGGAGAUAAUCCUAAUGGAAUAAUAAUUUGUCCAAUUUGUGAUAUAUUUAGUAUCACAUAAUUCAACACAACAGCAAAGUAUGGAAUCAAGGACUUGGAGUCUAUUUCCGCGCGUGUGUGUAUAUGUGUGUUCUUAAUACAUAAACUGUGAUCGUCAAAUGUUUUUGAAUUUACUUUCAAGCACUGUAUGUAUUGUAUAUGUAUAGUAUUUUUGUGUUUCUACUGUUUUGAGAUUAUUUUGUAAUAUAUUGAGUCCUCAAGAAACUGUUGUACAUUCAAUGUUAUUUGCACGGAUAAGUAAAAGAAGGUAGAUUGAGGGCAAUUCUUACGUGAGUGAAAUGGUUGUCGUAAGAGAAAGUGAGGUCAAAAGCCACGCCACUUUUCCGUGACGUCACUUUCAUGCUUAUAGUGCGCUGUAUACUACUAAAAAAUGCUGUCAGUAAUAUAUUUAAAAACAGCUGUGUUUGUACAAAAAGGAAAAUUCUUAAUUCAGUAUUUUUUCACAUUUGGUAAAAUUCUUUAAUAUAUAUUUUAUAAAACAAAUUUCAAAGCGUAACAUAGUAAUGGAAUGUAUUAUAACCUCGGAUUAAAAUAACCGGGAAUAGUUAGAUAAUUAUUAUAAUUGCAAAUGGAAAUGUAAUAAUUUUAUGCAUUUAGAAUUCUGACUUCUAACUGAUCACUUCAAAUUCAUAAUUUUAAAUAAUUAACAAGCCAGAUUUGAGUUAAAAUAACAUACCAAAUGACGAUUAUUGGAGGAGUUAAAGUAGCAAGAAUCAGUAUAACAGUCAUAAAUUUGCUGGACUAGUUGUGAAGGUUUAAAUGAGAAGGUUAGAAGAAGUUUCUUUGUUAAAUAUAUAUAAUAAUAAUUUAUUUAAAUAAUUUUGCUAGUAUAGAAGAUUAAUUCCAUGAGAAUUUUUAUUUCUCUCACUGUAUAUUAUCGGAAAUGAAAAUUAAGCUCCAAAUUGUAUAAGGAUCUGAAAAAUACAGUUAAAUUUAGCGCGUAGGAUUUUAAGAAAAAAAUGAAAAAUAUUCUUAUUGAAUUUAAAUCUUGAUUACAAAAAUUUCGUGCUAAAGAUAAAAGAAUGUUGUUUCAUAGUGCUUCAUGAAAAUAUAUGAUUAUUUGUUGUUUUUCUGAUACUUCCAACACAAUAGUGUGAAAAAAAUGUUCAGGAGUAAAACAUUUCUUAACAAAAACGAAUUCAAAAAGAAAUUUUCCUGCUUAGCUUUUUGCUAUUAGCAAAUGGUUAACAUAACUAAUUAAUUCCUUUCUUAAAACAGCAUAGAAAGAACUAAAAAUCUUGACGAACUAUUUGUUUUAGUCAGAAUUGCAGUAAGAAAACAAUAAAGCUAAAUAAAUGAGACAAAAAAAUAAAAACUGAGGUUAAGAUUUCAAGAAUUUCUUUUGAAAAAUGUGUGUAUAAUUAGCAUAAUUUAUGUCGAAUAUCAGUUUUUUGAGACAUAGCACUGGAAAAUUGAAUCUUAAUUGAUGACAAAUGGAUGUGUAAUUAACAUAUUUUUAUUGAAACGCUAAUUCUUCAUUGAACAGCAUUCAAAAGAUAAAAUUUAAUUCAACAAAAAAGAGAUUUAAUUAAUGCAACUUUUGCUAAAUUCAGUUUUAGUUUAACGCUAUUCGAAAGGCAAGUGGCAACCCUGCCUUCCCUUGCCAUUUUAUGUCAACCCUAAAACUGCUUUACGGGGAAGCCAUCUUACCGCGCCUGUACAUUUCGUAACAAUAUUAAUUUUUCAAAAGAUUUAAUUUUAUCUAGCGAUUUAUUCACAAAUGUUAAAUGAAAUAUAAUGCAUUACAGAGUAUAAUUGCAUUACUAUGUUUAUAUACUAAUAGAAAAAUAAGCUGGGAGAAAUCAUUAGAAAAAGAAGUUUCUAAAAUUUUGAAGGAUGAUGCAAGAAAGGAUGUAUAUAUAUAUUGCUUUGACCGUCUACAGCAAAUGCGAUUGGUUGUACAGAGGAAUGCUUGCUUCUGAGUGAAUAAUUUUUGCCAGUUGCAAGGAAAUUUUGACAUUUUCUUGCGCAUUGAGUACUUAUGUAUAAAGAAAGAAAUUUACGUGAAAAAUUUUAUUUAUAUCAGUUGUUAUAUAAAUGUGUGUAAUACUGUCCAUAGUCAACUUUCUAAUUCUCACAAAGCUCACUAAAUUUAAUGAACAAAUCUGCACAUUUCGCACUGUAAGUUUUUAGUAAUAUAAACAGACACAUAUUGCAUAAAAAAUUUCUUCGAGUGUAUUUACAAAUAAAAUUCACUUCCUUUUUUAACUUAUUGUUUUUAUUCUGUGUAGUUGUUAUUAAUGUUCCUACUCUAUUUUGAAUACAUUAAGUGUGUUAUGUAUAACUAUUAAAUCAAUUUCUUAAUAUUGCUUGCAUGUUAACUCAAUUCAACAUUUAUUAUUUUAACGUGGAUGUAUUGUUAAAAUAUGUGUUCGAGGGUUUUGAAAUAGAUCUUUUGCAUUUUGGAAUGAUAACUAAUGCUAUUUUAUGUUUGAUAUGCCUAAUCCUGUUAAACAGUAAUUAUCAAUGUUGUUAAAAGUCGCAGAAGAAUUUAUAUACUAGAAAUUUUUUUCGAGGUUUAAAGACGAACAAAAAGAUGCAGUGAUUAGUGUAAUUUUUUUUUUUAAAAUGAGUUAUAAAAAUAUCGAAGCCUGGCAUUUAAAUAAUUAAUUAAUGUAAUGUUUUUCAUUUUUUAUAUUUAUAAUGUAGUAUUAACCAUUUUUGAUUACUUAUUCAGUAAAUUA